UUGUUUGCUUAGUUAGUGGCUUUUUGCGGCCCCAGAGAGACGCGUUCGUUGCGCCAAUGGAUAAAGGUGAGGGCACACCUAAGGCGGAUGAGGAGUCCGCGCCGCAGCCAACCUCCUCGUCCGCUGAGUGGAGCGACAAGCUGACGGAGCUGGUCGCCUGGUUCGAGGGCAACCCCAAUCUGCCCGAAAAGAUCGAGCCUAUAGUUAUGCUACGAUUCCUUAAGUGCAUGGCCUUUGAUGUGGAGCGCACCAAGACCCUGGUGGAGCUCAACUACAGUAUGCGAAAUAAGCAUCCGCAUCUCUUUAUGGAUCGCAACAUGGAGGACGAGAUGACCGCCAAGGGCCUGCGGGUAUCGGACCUUCUGAUACUGCCCGGAGUUACGCCUCAGGGAAACAAGCUACUUUUCUUUCGCAUGGCCGAUCUGGAUCCACAUACGCGAAAUUCCGUGGAGGAGACCAAGAUCUUCUUUAUGAUGAGCGAUGCGCGAUUCACCAUGCCGGAUGUGGAGCGGGGCACUGGAAGCGGAGAGGAUUACGUGCUGGACGAGGCGGAUAUUGCGCAAGGCGAUGUUCAAAUCGUGGACAUUGAGGGCUACACCAUACGCCACCUGGCCUACGUUUCCAUUUUCGUGCUGCGUAUUUACAUGAAGUUCCUUCAAGAGGCUUACCCCUCCCGUCUUCGGGCCAUGCACGUCAUCAACUGCCCCUCCUACCUGGACAGGCUCAUCUCAAUGAUGUCCCCCUUCCUGCGGGAGGAGGUUCGGAACAUGAUCAAGUACCACACAGAGGGCCUGGAGAGCCUCUACAAGGAGGUGCCCAGGGACAUGCUGCCGGAGGAGUAUGGCGGCAAGGCGGGCUCCGUAGCCGAGCUCAAGGCUCGCGGCGUCCAGUCCAUCAAGGACAAAACUGCCUACUUGAGUGACGAGCGUUACUGGAAGGUGGCUUCCCAGAGCAAGAGCCGAUGGUCCUGGUUCUGAUCCUCUGGAAACUUCCACGUGAUAUAUUUUCAAAUGUGAUCCAGAAGCGCGCCUUGCCAAAUCGAGGCUGUCGUUAGCCGGGGAAGUCCCAGAGACACACGCCUACAGGGUUCUGAAGCUCAGUUUGGCGUUUCAGCAGUAUGAAGCUGCCGCAAUGCAGAAUUUAUAAAUACUUUCAUAUUCUACUUUAUUUGUUCCAUUUACGUUAAGUGCGUUUUUUUCUUAAUCAAAUAAGGGGCUUGCUAUACCAAUAAAUAAUUUUAAUUGUA